AUACUGUAAAAUCUGAGAGCACAACAGCUUAACUGCAACCAACAGCACCAACAAACAAACAACCCACUGGGAAACUCUGUUCUCUAAUCGCUGACUUGAUUCACACCUCGAUCUUCUCAAUCUCCGAUCAGAUCGCCGGCGAGGCCAAUGGAUUGGCCACGCAGCUUCGCCGCCACUCUCGCCGUCCUCAUCUCCGUCGCGAUCUUCCCGCCGCCUGAUCUCGCUCUCUCCACCACCAAAUUCAUCCUCCGCAACAACACCACCAAUCGGCACACUAUGUUUAUUCCUCUCUCUCUAUCUCCCCCCAACUCUUCUCUCUCCUCCUCCGCAUCCACCGCCGUCAAGUCACGCCGGCAUCUCCAGAAAUCGGAGUCUCCGCACCCGAAUGCUCGAAUGCCUCUCCACGACGAUCUCCUCCGCAACGGGUAUUACACUACUCGGCUUUUGAUUGGGAGUCCGCCGCAGAAAUUCGCGCUUAUAGUCGAUACUGGUAGUACGGUUACUUAUGUGCCUUGCUCUACUUGUGAACAGUGUGGCAAACAUCAGGAUCCAACAUUCCAACCAGACUUGUCAAGUACCUACAAACCUGUAAAAUGUAAUAUUGACUGUCAGUGUGAUACUGACAAAGGGCAGUGUAUAUACGAGAGACAAUAUGCUGAAAUGAGUUCUAGCAGUGGAGUCCUUGGCAAUGAUGUCAUAUCUUUUGGUGAUCAAAGUGAGCUUAAACCACAACGUGCAAACUUUGGUUGUGAAAAUCUGGAAACUGGUGACCUGUAUAGUCAACAUGCUGAUGGCAUAAUGGGUCUAGGCCGUGGAGAUCUUAGUAUAGUUGAUCAGCUUGUUGAUAAAGGUGUAAUAAGUGAUUCAUUUUCCUUAUGUUAUGGUGGUAUGGAUGUUGGUGGUGGUGCAAUGGUUCUUGGUGGAAUUUCAUCUCCUGCUGAUAUGGUCUUUACACAUUCAAACCCUGUUCGAAGUCCAUAUUACAAUAUUGAGCUGAGGGAGUUGCACGUUGCUGGGAAGCGUCUAUCUUUGAGUCCUGCUGUUUUUGAUGGUAAACAUGGAUCUGUCUUGGAUAGCGGGACUACGUAUGCUUACCUUCCAGAAGCAGCUUUUUUGGCAUUUAAGGAAGCUAUUGUAAAUGAGCUUCAUUCCUUGAAGCAGAUUCGUGGUCCUGAUCCAAACUAUAAUGACAUUUGCUUCUCUGGUGCUGGAAGUGAUGUUGCAGAACUCUCUAAAGCUUUUCCAACUGUAGAUAUGGUGUUUGAAAAUAAACAGAAGUUUAGGCUUGCUCCUGAAAACUAUUUGUUUCGGCAUUCCAAGGUACGUGGUGCAUAUUGCCUGGGGGUAUUUCAAAAUGGAAAGGAUCCAACGACUCUCUUGGGAGGAAUUGUUGUGCGCAAUACUUUUGUAACUUAUGAUCGCGAGCAUGAGAAGAUCGGCUUCUGGAAAACCAAUUGUUCUGAAUUAUGGGAAAGACUUAAUGUUACUGGUGCUCCUCCACCAGAACCUUCAGCUGGUAAAAGACCAAAUUCUACUACAAUAGUGCCACCUGCAAUGGCUCCUACUGUACCUCCACAUGACGUUUUUCCAGGAGAACAAAAAGUUGGUCGGAUAACAUUUUAUAUGUCACUGAAUGUUACAUAUUUAAAUCUCAAGCCUCACAUCAAAGAGCUUACUGAUAUCAUGAAUAAGGAGUUGGAUUCAAAUGUUUCACAGGUGCAAGUAAUUAGUUUCGUAUCUGAAGGAAAUAAUUCCCUUAUAAGAUGGGCCAUUUUCCCUGCCAGAUCUGCUAGCUACUUCUCUAAUGCAACUGCUAUGGUCAUAAUAUCUAAGUUAUCUGAGCAUCGUUUAAAUCUUCCUCAAAACUUUGGAAGUUAUCGAUUUUCCAGAUGGAGUACUGACCCCCCUACAAAAUGGAUGUGGUUGCAGCAACAUAACAUUGCAGUGGUUGUAGCUAUUAUAGUCACCUUAGCUCUUUCUUUAGUAGCUUUUGCAACAUGGUUUAUCUGGCGGCGUAGGCUACAAACAGCGAAUGUGUACAAGCCUGUUGGUGCUUCUGUGCCAGAACAAGAGCUUCAGCCGUUGUAAACUAUGAACUUGUAUGAGGCCAAAAGAUACAUGGGAAAAGCAUUGACUACUGACCUGACGACCAAGUGCAACAAAUACUGAGUUGCACAAAAAGAUCAUACAAUGGAACUACGGAGGCUGGAUUUAUUAUUCAAAUAUUUGGUUGAAUUUGAAUAUAAUUGUAAUUUGUAAAGGAACGUCUCAACUCUCACAUCACAUAGAUGAAUUUUGUAAGAUACUAGUAAUGAAAUUAAAAAGACUGACCAACGCGGCCAGACAUUUUUUACA